AUGAGCAAUGCAACUGGGGGUCCAGAUUUCGUAAAGAAGCUCUUCAAAAUGCUUGAAGAUGAAUCGUAUAGUGACAUAGUUUCUUGGGGUGUAAAUGGCGACAGCUUCGUUGUUAAGGAAAUUGAUGCAUUCACAAAGACAAUAUUACCACGGCAUUUUAAGCACUCCAAUUUUGCGAGUUUCGUUCGACAACUUAACAAAUACGACUUUCAUAAAAUAAGAAACUCUGAUGACUCUAACGCCCCAUAUGGUGAACAGGCAUGGGAAUUCCGACAUCCAAAAUUUCAAUGUGAUAAAAGAGAUCAACUCGAUAACAUCAAAAGAAAAACACCAGCCGGACGUAAAAAUACUACGCAAAAUACAACUACCGAACCUUCCACCAAUCCACACUUGAAUGAACUACAAUCGCAAGUCAACACGUUGACGAAACUCCAAACCAAUAUGAACAACCAUUUGCACGCAUUGAGCAAGAAUUAUCAUAAUGUGGUGCAAGAUCUAUUGAAUUUUCAAAAGAACAUGGCUGCCCAAGACCAAUUAAUGCAGAAUCUCGUUCAGUAUCUGGUCACUCAAGAAGCAGAAGAAAAGUCCGGUUGCUCUGUAGUGUUGAACAACAAAUCAUUCCAAGGAAUGACAUCUGAAGGCUCAACUCCAUUUAUCCCAUCUGAACAAGCACAAAAACUUAUAAGCUCAUACGCAGAAGUCGCUCGUGCAUCUUUUGAUCAAAUGAACGAAAUCUCGAGACGUGCACAACAAUCAUUCAAUCAACUCGGUGCGGAUAGUAGUAGCAGUGUUAAUCAAGUCGGAGCAUUUUCUUCUUCAAAUUCUUCAAAUCCAUCAAAUUCCCCGAUUACGCCACCACCAGAGAUCUCGUCAUCGGAUGUUGUUGGUACACAAUCAACCGUUAGUGAUUCCGAGAACGCUUCCAGUACCUCUGAAAUAAAUAAUAUAAAUAAUUCACAAAAUUUGCAUCUAUCACAAGUGCCGUUAUCAGCUGCAAAACAUCAUCAAAAUAAUCAUAUUUCAAUGAUAAAUUCAUCUCAGGCUACUUCCUCCUCAUCAGCAUUAUCACUUCAGAUGCAGGAUAACAACGUUUAUGCACGGAAUUCGACUGAUAUUGGGUUUAACGGCAGUCACACUGAUAAUAAUGGGUUAACGGUGGUCACUGUUGGUCAUUUGGCUCCAAGACAACAAACUCAAUCCGUACCACUUUCUGAUAAUCUCGCGACAGCAUCCACUACUACCACUAAUAUUAACUCCACAGCUUCACAUAUGCCACACAUUGACAAUACAUCGGCUCAACGCGACUCAAAAACUUUACGUGUUCGACGUUCUACUGUUGUUCCUGUGUGGUCGGUUCCACCCAAAGUCUUAUUAGUGGAAGAUGAUGCAGUUUAUCAAAGAAUUGGAUCGAAAUUUUUGCAAAUUUUUGGAUGUACAAUCGACAUCGCUACUGAUGGAAUAACAGCAGUCGAUAAAAUGAACCUAGCAAAAUAUGAUCAACUAGCAAAAUAUGAUCUAGUCUUGAUGGAUAUCGUUCUUCCAAAUUUGAAUGGGGUGGAGGCAACAAAUCAAAUACGACGAUUUGAUCCAACUACGCCAAUUAUUAGUAUGACUUCAAAUACCACCGCACAAGAUUGUUAUAAUUACUUUUCACACGGAAUGAACGAUAUUUUGGCGAAACCAUUCACUCAAAAUAAUCUACUUGCAAUGUUGGAAAGAUAUUGUGUGCAUCUUAAAGCUAUGCCUAAUUUCCAAGAAAUUCAACGACCAUUAAGUGGUUCGUGGGUUCCACCUCAAUUCACAGUUGCAUCAAUGUGCAGUGAAGAAUACAUGAAUUCUAUGAAUAAUAUCGUGGGAAUCUCUGUGCCGGCGCCAGUCGCUGGAUCAGUUCGAUUUUUAGAUGCUUUAUAUGGAAUAGAGGAUGAACAGGAUGGACGUCAGCGAAAACGCGCAAAAUUUGAAUUGCUGGAUGAUUGA